AUGGGGGAAAAUAAAAAGUAUAGUAUGCUGCAAGAUCUUGCACUAAUCUUGGUCUCAAGCAUAUCCAUGUAUUAUAUCGCAAAGAACGUUGUUUCAAACUUGCCUAUAGGAGUCGAUCCGGAAAAGGAACAACAUGAACAAGCGCGAUUGAAAGCUACGAACAAUUUGAGAAGAUUAAAUAGAAUUAGAGACGACUCGUCGGAUGAUGAAUACCAUACCGAGAACGGAUCCUCUCGGCAGACUAGGAAAGAAGAUUUUCAUCUUGAUCAGUAUGAGAGCCAAAUUGCUAUGGAAGUUGUCGCGCCUGGAGAUAUUUCAGUCGGGUUUGAUGAUAUCGGGGGCCUCGAAGACAUCAUCGAAGAACUGAAGGAAUCUGUCAUAUACCCUCUUACCAUGCCACAUCUUUAUGCUCGCUCUUCAUCGUUACUUUCAGCACCAUCAGGUGUUUUACUCUAUGGCCCCCCUGGUUGUGGGAAGACUAUGCUCGCAAAAGCGUUGGCUCAUGAAAGCGGAGCAUGUUUCAUCAACCUUCACAUCUCAACCUUAACGGAGAAAUGGUAUGGCGACUCAAACAAGCUAGUUCGAGCUGUAUUCUCGCUAGCUAGAAAAUUACAACCAACAAUUGUCUUUAUUGAUGAAAUUGAUGCAGUACUUGGCCAAAGGAGAAGUGGUGAACAUGAAGCCAGUGGGAUGGUAAAAGCAGAAUUUAUGACAUUAUGGGACGGUUUAACAUCAUCUAAUGAAUGUGGCAUUCCUGCCAGAAUUAUGAUACUUGGUGCAACAAAUCGUAUACAAGAUAUCGACGAAGCCAUUUUGAGAAGGAUGCCCAAAAAAUUUCCUGUAUCGCUCCCAAAUAAUAACCAGAGAGGUCGAAUCUUAAAUCUUAUUCUUAAAGGCAUAAAAACUGAUGAGAAAGAAUUCGAUUUUGAUUAUUUGACUAGAGUCAUGGCUGGCAUGUCAGGCAGUGAUAUAAAAGAAGCUUGCCGAGAUGCAGCCAUGGUUCCCGUUAGGGAAUUUAUCAAAGAGCAGGCAGAUAAAGGUCAAAAGAUAGCUGGAAUUAACUCAGAUGAGGUUCGCGGGAUACGUACUGAAGACUUCUUUGGACGGAGGGGUGGAGGUCAAAUUAUUAAAGACAACCAUGCCAAGAAUAUGGCCCAGAAACAAACCAACGAAGCUAUAUCGAGCGAAAAUUUUGAUGAUUAUGACGAGGAACUAGAAUCAGUAAACUAA